AUCCGUCGUAGAAUCGUCGCAUCUUCCGUCUCUUGUUCUCAGACGAAGAAGACGGGUUUGGUGGAUCCUUUGCGAGCGGUUGUAUCUGCUGAUCAAGGAAGUGUGAUUCGAGCUGAACAAGGUUUGGGUACUCUCGCGGAUCAGCUCCGAUUAGGUAGUUUGACUGAAGAUGGUUUGUCUUAUAAAGAGAAGUUUGUUGUCAGAUCUUACGAAGUCGGUAGUAACAAAACCGCUACCAUUGAAACCAUCGCUAAUCUCUUACAGGAGGUGGGAUGUAAUCAUGCACAAAGUGUUGGGUUUUCGACUGAUGGGUUUGCAACAACACCUACGAUGAGGAAAUUGCAUCUCAUUUGGGUUACUGCUAGGAUGCACAUUGAGAUCUACAAUUACCCUGCUUGGGGUAAUGUGGUUGAGAUAGAGACAUGGUGUCAGAGUGAAGGAAGGAUUGGGACAAGGCGUGAUUGGAUUCUUAAGGAUUGUGCCACUGGUGAAGUCACUGGCCGUGCUACAAGCAAGUGGGUGAUGAUGAACCAAGACACAAGACGGCUUCAGAAAGUUUCCGAUGAUGUCCGGGACGAGUACUUGGUCUUUUGUCCUCAAGAACCCAGAUUAGCAUUUCCGGAAGAGAAUAACAGAAGCUUGAAGAAAAUCCCAAAACUCGAAGAUCCGGCUCAGUAUUCAAUGAUUGGGCUCAAGCCUAGACGAGCUGAUCUUGACAUGAACCAGCAUGUCAAUAAUGUCACCUACAUUGGUUGGGUUCUCGAGAGCGUACCACAAGAAAUUGUAGACACGCACGAACUUCAGGUCAUUACUCUGGAUUACAGAAGAGAAUGUCAACAAGACGAUGUGGUGGAUUCACUCACCACCUCGGAAAUUGGUGGAACCAAUGGCUCUGCCACGUCUGGCACACAGGGCCACAACGAUAGCCAGUUCUUGCACCUCCUAAGGUUGUCUGGAGAUGGUCAGGAGAUCAACCGCGGGACAACCCUGUGGAGAAAGAAGCCAUCAAGAUAAGAUAUACCAUUUUGUUCUCAAGUUUCCAUCAUCUCACUGAAGAUUUCGCUUCAGGAGUCUGAGCAGGACUCAUUUUUUUUUUCUCUUUCAAAUUUGGGUUAGGCUAGAAAGAACUGGAUUGUGGGAGUAAUCUUUGUUGAACUUGAUUAUGUUUGUUCAUGUUUUUUGUACAAAUUUUGGGGAUAUAGCCAAAACCCAUAUCAUCUUUGGUCUU